UUGCUGUCUUUGUUAGCGAUUACAAAUGAAUUGAACGGUAAUAGAAGUCAAUUUUUUAUCAAUACGCCGUUGUAUCGUCGUCUCUUGAAUUCAUUCUCAUAGUACCUACUUCUUCAUAUUAUGAUAAUUUAAUGCUGAAAAAUUAACACGCAAUUUAAUAUUUCAACAUGGAUGAUGUUUUAGAUGAAGUGGUUUCGUCCGAAGACUUGCAAAAAUUCGAGAAAGUCUACCAUGAGCAGCUUCAUCAAGGUACAAUAACGCACAAGGCACAAUUUGAGUAUGCGUGGUGUUUGGUCAGAAGCAAAUACGCGACGGAUAUCAGAAAGGGUAUACUUUUGUUGAAAGAUUUGUUCAAUUCCCACGCUGAGGGCAAACGAGACUACCUGUUCUACCUUGCUAUUGGCAAUGCUAGAAUUAAGGAGUACAAUAAGGCCCUACAUUAUGUGAAAGCAUUCCUUGAAAUCGAACCUGCCAACCAGCAGGUUUUAGCUUUAGAGCGUCAAAUCAACAAGCGCAUGGAGAAAGAAGGGAUGAUCGGCAUCGCAGUGGCGAGCGGGGCAGUGCUGGCCAUCGGUGGGCUAGUGGGGCUCGGCAUAGCGCUCGCUAAAUGAACGCCUUAUUUGGCGUUCAUUAUCUUCUCUCAAAGAAGAAACCAAAAGAAGAAUAAAGGGGACACCUGUUUUUCACUGAACACCAAAAA